CUGCCCAUAAGAAUGACUACAGUUGAGGGUCUCAGUCAAUAUGUAUGCGUGUUCACUUGAAAACUUAACCUAUUUGACAGCAAAAUGUAUCUUGUAUCAUGAUUGAGAAUCUAUUUAUUUACUAAUGAACGAAAGGCAAGGUAAUGUAAGACUAUCGUUUGAACUGCCACAGUUGUCACAACUUCCACUUGGCAAAAUGGGCUAUCCUCAGGCUCAGGAGUGGGUUCAACAGAGACAGGCUAAUGUGAGGCCUUGGAGUUUGUUUUUGAACUCAAACAACAUCAGAGCACCUCCGAGUUUCUCAAGACUUACUAAGCGGAUUAUGAAAAACGUCGAAUACUUCCAGAGCAAUUACUUAUUUGUUUUCCUUGGUCUGGUUAUAUAUUGUUUAAUCACAUCUCCGCUACUUUUGCUCGCUGUCGUAGCUUCUCUUGGCAUCUGCUAUAAAGUUUCUCAGAGGCAUGCCAAGCAAGAGUUAAUGUUUCUUAACCAUAAAUUAACACUAGCACAAGUUUAUGGCUUGGUAGCUGCUUGCUCAUUGCCUUUGUUUUACCUUGUUGGAGCAGGGGCUGCUCUCUUCUGGGUUCUAGGUGUUUCGUGGUUUUUGAUUACUGUACAUGCUGCGUUUUACAACAUCGAUUCUGUACUAUGUCCUGGAGAAAAUGAUUUGGAUGCUCUAAUGGUCCAAGAGGUUUGAAUAUCUUGCAAUUAGUUGAUAUUGAUAAUCAUCUGUCAAUGAAUAAGAAAUUAUUUCAUAUUUUGUGUUGAUGACUGAUAACACUACGAAUAUAUUAUACAUACAUAUGAAAAAAAAUACCUAAUAUAUUCAUGUACGUACAUACUUAUAGAUAUUAAUAUGUUGUAAGCAAAUUGAAACAUUGAACAUUAUAUAUAUUUUGCUCACUAACUAAUAUUAUACAAAAUACGAUUAGAUUAAACUAUGUAGAUAAUUUGGAUAUCUAGAAGUAUCAUCCUGUACUUCCAAAUGAUUUGUAUGAAAAAAGAAAUUACAUUCUCAACUGCUACCACUUUUUAUAAUAAGAAUUUGUCUCAUACUAACAGCUCGCAAUAAAUAAAAUUUGAAAAAGUA